AUGCGGCAUUCCAAACGAACUCACUGCCCUGAUUGGGAUAGCAGAGAAAGCUGGGGACAUGAAAGCUACCGUGGAAGUCACAAACGGAAGAGGAGAUCUCACAGUAGUACACAGGAGAAUAGGCAUUGUAAACCACAUCACCAGUUUAAAGAAUCUGAUUGUCAUUAUUUAGAAGCAAGGUCCUUGAAUGAGAGAGAUUAUCGGGACCGGAGAUACGUAGAUGAAUACAGAAAUGACUACUGCGAAGGCUAUGUUCCUAGACAUUAUCACAGAGACAUUGAAAGUGCUUAUCGGAUCCACUGCAGUAAAUCCUCAGUCCGAAGCAGGAGAAGCAGUCCUAAAAGGAAGCGUAAUAGACACUGCUCAAGCCAUCAGUCACAUUCGAAGAGCCACCGAAGGAAAAGAUCCAGGAGUAUAGAGGAUGAUGAGGAGGGUCACCUGAUCUGUCAAAGUGGAGACGUUCUAAGAGCAAGAUAUGAAAUCGUGGACACUUUGGGUGAAGGGGCCUUUGGCAAAGUUGUAGAGUGCAUUGAUCAUGGCAUGGAUGGCUUACAUGUAGCUGUGAAGAUUGUAAAAAAUGUAGGCCGUUAUCGUGAGGCAGCUCGUUCAGAAAUCCAAGUAUUAGAGCAUUUAAAUAGUACAGAUCCCCAUAGUGUCUUUCGAUGUGUCCAGAUGCUAGAAUGGUUUGAUCAUCAUGGUCAUGUGUGUAUUGUUUUUGAACUGCUGGGACUCAGUACCUAUGACUUCAUUAAGGAAAACAGCUUUCUGCCAUUUCAAAUUGAUCACAUCAGGCAGAUGGCAUAUCAGAUCUGCCAGUCAAUAAAUUUUUUGCACCAUAAUAAAUUAACCCAUACAGAUCUGAAACCUGAAAAUAUUUUAUUUGUGAAAUCGGACUAUGUAGUCAAAUAUAAUUCUAAAAUGAAACGUGAUGAACGCACACUGAAAAACACAGACAUCAAAGUUGUUGACUUCGGAAGUGCAACAUAUGAUGAUGAACAUCAUAGUACUUUGGUGUCCACAAGGCACUACAGAGCCCCAGAGGUUAUUUUGGCUUUAGGUUGGUCUCAGCCUUGUGAUGUUUGGAGCAUAGGUUGUAUCCUUAUUGAAUAUUACCUUGGAUUUACAGUCUUUCAGACUCAUGAUAGUAAAGAGCACCUGGCAAUGAUGGAACGAAUACUAGGACCCAUCCCAACACACAUGAUUCAGAAAACAAGGAAACGCAAGUAUUUUCACCAUAACCAGCUAGAUUGGGAUGAACAUAGUUCUGCUGGUAGAUACGUUAGGAGACGUUGCAAACCACUAAAGGAGUUUAUGCUCAGUCAUGAUGAAGAACAUGAGAAGCUAUUUGACCUGGUUCGAAGAAUGUUAGAAUAUGAUCCAACUAAAAGAAUUACCUUGGAUGAAGCAUUACAGCAUCCUUUCUUUGACUUAUUAAAAAAGAAAUGAAAGUGGUCUUACUAUAUGCUUCUCUAGAAGAGAUUUCUUUAAGACUGUGUCAGUCAACUAAACAUUCUAAUAUUUUUGUAAACAUUAAAUUAUUUUGUACAGUUAAGUGUAAAUACUGUAUGUUUUAUAUAGGUAGCAUAAUUGCCUUGUUAAGCAAGUAUGGUCUUGAUAAUGAAUGAAAUAUAAACGUUAAAAAUAAUAUGUUUUCUUUUUGAGAUUGCCAUUUUUAAAGGCCUUUGGAAUAUCUUUGUGUGUCCAGUGAUAAAUGUGAUUGAUCUUGUCUUUUGUACAUGGAGGUCAACUUUGGAGUGAUUUUUUUUUUUUUUUUUUUGAGUAAAAGGAAAUCCUGACUACUAUA